AUGGAGGUCCCGGAGCCUGAGGCGGGGCCGGAGGACAUCGCGGAGGAAGCGGUCCCCGCAGGGCCCCCGGCUCCCCCCCUGCGGGAGCCCCCGGAUGCCUGGGAGGGUGAGGAGGACGCGGAGCCCGGCGAGCGGCGGGGCGGGCGCCCCGGCCGCACGGCGUCCCUGGUGAGCGGGCUGCUCACCGAGCUGUACAGCUGCACCGAGGAGGAGGAGGUGGCGGCCGGCGGGGGCCGCGGGCCCGGGGGCCGCCCGCAGCGCCGGGACAGCCUCGACAGCCCCACCGAGGCCUCGGGCUCCGACGUGGUGCUGGGCGGGCGCGGCGACUCCCGGGAGCUGCAGGAGCUGCAGGAGCUGCGGGAGCGGCCGAGCCUGCGGCACCAGCGGCUGUACCUGCGGCAGAAAGACACUAAUGAACUGAAGACGAUUCUCCGAGAGCUUAAGCACAGAAUUGGCAUUCAAUCGGCAAAGCUGCUCCGGCAGCUGAAGCAGAAAGAUCGGCUCCUGCAUAAGGUCCAGAGGAACUGCGAUAUCGUGACCGCCUGCUUGCAGGCCGUGUCACAGAAGAGAAGAGUUGAUACCAAGUUGAAGUUCACUCUUGAGCCGUCUUUAGGUCAAAAUGGUUUUCAGCAGUGGUAUGAUGCUCUCAAGGCAGUUGCCAGACUAUCAACAGGAAUACCAAAAGAAUGGAGGAGAAAGGUUUGGUUGACCUUGGCAGAUCAUUAUUUGCACAGUAUAGCCAUUGAUUGGGACAAAACCUUGCGCUUCACUUUCAAUGAAAGGAGUAAUCCGGAUGAUGACUCCAUGGGAAUUCAGAUAGUCAAGGAUCUUCACCGCACAGGCUGCAGUUCUUACUGUGGCCAGGAGGCAGAGCAAGACAGGGUUGUGUUGAAGCGGGUCCUGUUGGCCUAUGCCCGAUGGAACAAGAAUGUUGGUUACUGCCAAGGCUUUAACAUCCUGGCUGCACUAAUUCUGGAAGUGGUGGAAGGCAAUGAAGGGGAUGCUCUGAAAAUUAUGAUUUACCUUAUUGAUAAGGUACUUCCCGAGAGCUAUUUUGUCAAUAACCUCCGGGCAUUGUCUGUGGAUAUGGCUGUCUUCAGAGACCUCUUGAGAUUGAAGCUCCCUGAAUUAUCUGAGCACCUGGACACUCUUCAGAGAACUGCAAACAAGGAGAGCGGAGGUGGAUACGAGCCCCCGCUCACGAAUGUCUUCACGAUGCAGUGGUUCCUGACUCUCUUCGCCACCUGCCUCCCUAACCACACCGUUUUAAAGAUCUGGGAUUCCGUCUUUUUUGAAGGUUCAGAAAUCAUCCUAAGGGUGUCGCUGGCCAUCUGGGCGAAGUUGGGAGAGCAGAUAGAAAGCUGUGAAACGGCAGAUGAAUUCUACAGCACCAUGGGGCGCCUCACCCAGGAGAUGCUGGAGCAUGAUCUUCUAGAAAGCCAUGAACUCAUGCAGACAGUUUACUCCAUGGCGCCAUUCCCUUUCCCACAACUGGCAGAGCUGAGGGAAAAGUACACCUACAACAUCACACCGUUCCCAGCUGCAGUGAAACCCACCUCCGUGUCUGGACGACAUGGUAGGAUCAGAGACAGUGAUGAAGAGAAUGACCCAGAUGAUGAAGAUACUAUUGCUAAUGCUGUGGGGUGUCUUGGACCUUUCAGUGGGCUCCUGGCACCUGAACUGCAGAAGUACCAAAAACAAAUUAAAGCACCCCACGAAGAGCAGAGUCUGAGGUCUAACAACAUUGCGGAGCUGAGUCCGGGAGCCAUCAAUUCCUGCCGCAGUGAGUACCACGCCGCUUUCAACAGCAUGAUGUUGGAGCGCAUGACCACGGACAUCAACGCGCUGAAGCGACAGUAUUCUCGGAUUAAAAGGAAGCAGCAGCAGCAGGUUCAUCAGGUGUAUAUCAGAGCAGACAAAGGGCCGGUGACCAGCCUUCUCCCGUCUCAGGUGAACAACUCCCCAGUGAUCAAUCACCUCCUUUUGGGAAAGAAGAUGAAAAUGUCCAAUCGAGCCGCCAGGAACGCCGUCAUCCACAUGCCCGGCCACGCGGGGGGCAAAGCAUCCCCGGGGCCCUGCGAAGACCUCCGGACCAAGCUCAACUCCCCGUGGCGAACGCACAUCCGAGUCCACAAGAAGGCCCUGCCGAGGGCCCGGGGCCAGCCGGGCUGCGGGGACACCGUGGGGCUGAUCGAGGAGCCCAGCGAGGGCCGCCCGGGGGCCGCCGCCUCGGAGCCCAGCGCGUCCCCUGCGGGCGAAGGCGCAGGCGGCGGCGCGGAGGGCAGCGCCGGGCGCACCAUCGAGGGCCGGUCCCCGGAGCCCGCCUUCGGGGAGGCCGACGUGUCGGAGGUGCAGGUGAAGUUGGAAGCCUUGGAACUGAGCCAGAGGGAAGCCGCUGCCCACGCGGAGCCCACGCGGCACCCGCCCUGCCAGCGGCGCCUCCCGGAGCUGCCCGAGGCGCCCGGGGAGGACAGGGCCGCUGGCAAACCCCCCCACGGCGGCCGCCCCAAAACCCCCAUCUUCAGCCCCUUCCCCAGCGUCAAGCCGCUGCGCAAGUCUGCGGCCGCCAGGAACCUGGGGCUGUACGGCCCCACGGAGCGGACCCCGGCUGUGCGCUUCCCGCACCUGAGCCACAGCCUCAGCACCGCCGCCGGGGGAGGCGGCACCAAGAAGCGGUGA